UACUCGCUUCUUGAUUGGUUUUGAUACAAAUGAAAAAAUUGCACAUCAUUCUAGUUGAUUUAAUUGUCAUAAUUGUUAAUUUUCAUGGACGAUAAUCAUCAGAAAGAGAUAAACAUUUCUCAAGGAAAUUGUUGACCAAAUUAAUUAAUUCACACCAAUGAAUUUGCUUAAAUAUUGGUCCGAAUUUCAUUUUGAUUCAGUUGUAGUUUACAAUUCCAAUCACUGAAGAUUAAUUUGCUUUACGUUUUCAAAUUACAAUCAAUUUAAGUAAUGGAUACACUCUGGUUAAUUUAUUUAAUUUCUGCCUUUUAUAUGAUUGAUGUUCCAGUUAAUUGUUUACCGAUUCCAAUGGACCAAAUAGGAAUAAUCAAUAAUACAAUUACUUCCAAUAGUUUCUUAUCACCUGAUUUCUCUAGAUUAUUAUUCCCUCAAGUGAAUACUGAUUUAUUUCGUUGGUGGUUUUCCAGUCAAUUAGCUCCAACACCUUAUACAAGACAAUCAAAUUAUCGCAAUGAAAAUAGAACCAAUUUAAAUUCAAUCGGUAAUAACAAGAAUUUUGGACGACAAUAUGGUUCGAACAAUUUAAAUGGUGACAUGUUCGGUGAUUACAAUGGAGCAAAUGAAGGUGAUGACUUUUUCUCACAAAUAUUUUCCUUCCUAUUCGGAUCUCCAUCUUCUGGCGGCGGUGGUAAUAGUGGUCAUUAUGGUCCAAGUAAUGGUGGAGUAGAUGAACAAGGCCGAAGUGAGGUUAAUAUUAAUUCAGGUUCGAAUUCGGGGUCAGGAUCAAAUUCUGGUGCAAAUUCUGGUUCAAGUUCUGGUUCAAACUCUGGUAGUUUUGGAAUGACCCAACAAGAGUGGUCUCAAUAUUUACAACUGAUUCAAGCCUUAGCUCAAGACGGUGACAGUGGAGGCGGUGGAGGUGGAGGUCUCGGUGAUGCUGGACAAUUAAUUAAUAUGGCAAUGAGUGCGAUAGGUGGAGGGUUUUAACAAUGUACAAAGAAAAUAAGUUUUGUAAUUAUGCAAAAAAUGAAAUUUCAUAAAUAAAUGUUGAUAUUCUUAAAAAAAG